CGAAAAUUUGUUGCGCGCCGCUAACAUGAGAGAGAAAAUAACGGGCAUUUGGGAUAUCAGUGAUACUCUGCUGUGCCGGUUAUUGCAAUGAACGGAAACACUGUCCAGCGAGGGACUUCUGUAGCUUCUGUUAGGCAGCCUCAGAGCUGGAAAGAGUUUUGUGAGUUUCAUGCCCUCGCUACAGCUCAGGAUCUGGCUAAGCAUUACCGCCAUUUUGCUAAAGAACGGCGGCAGCAGGAUGUGGUGUCCGCAGACAGCUUCUCCAAGCAGUUCAGCGAUCUGUUUGAGCAGUACUUCUGCAGCGAACUGGCGAGAACGGACCCACCUCCUCCACUGCCCCCGCCCAUGAGAGGGCGCUGGAGAGCUAUGUCUUUUUCAGGGGUGCAGGAGUAUCGGUACAUGGAGCGGCAGGGCCCGCGGACCCUGAUCACCCUACUGGCCUCAAAGGCGGACCCUUUGGUCGCCAGGGCACCUCAGAGGCAAGAACUACCGGUGCAGUGCUCCGCUUCUGAGACCACGUGCCCAAUCCGACCAUUGUUCAGUAGCUGCAGUCAGGAGGAUGUGUCAGCUGACAGAGGAGGCACAUGGGGCCAUCCUGAUGCUGACUGGAGCACCCACCCCUCUCCCCUCUACCCUGCCUCCCCGCCAAGGGCUCCCGGCAACGUCACACACUUCUCUGUUGCACAAAUCCGCCGCAGUGUCUGCGGCCUCCUCAAGAAGCGUCUGCAGGGAUCCGGACAGCCUACUGGUAGGGGCAGCCUGAAGGAGAGAGGGGGCACACCAGGGACUGUGCAGCAAGUGCCCCUCCCCUCCCCGAGCCACCCAGGCCUGCCACCCCCAAACGUUCCGGCGGCAAGCCGCUGGAUGGACCGGCUGGCCUGCAGGUUCGGUCUGCAGAGUCCCCCGGAGUGGGCGGAGACAAGGGACAGCUGCAAGGAGGGCCUUUUGAACUACCUUGUGGUGCAUGACGCCAUCUCGGAAACACGUGCUGACUGGCAACGCUGCAAACUGCUGCUGUGGAGAGCAGGGGGAGGCCCCGGGGGAGAGGCCUACCAGCUGCAACUCUUUGAUCCACCCAAGGGCUUCAGCCCCAAGCUGACUGCACGAUGCUCUGACAUCUCAGAGAUUCGCCGCUGCAACCGCCUGGAGAUGCCCGACAACAUAUACACAUUUGUUUUAAAGGUUAAUCACUACCCUGGCAGUUUUAUAUUUGAGACUGAUAAUGACCAGCAAGUGAGCUCCUGGACAACAGAAAUCAACGAUUGUAUCAACACUGGGUCUGACAGCGUGGAUGUUGAGCUGCUGACCUCUCCACCCUUGGUCUCCAUGAGGAGGGGACGCUCAGAGUCCAUUGGCCCAGGGUCUCUGCGCCCCGCCACGUCGGAGCAGACUUUCCACAGGGCAGAUCACCUCCUGUCCUCAUACCCUUGGUUCCACGGGGCCAUCUCGCGGGUGAAGGCGGCCCAGCUGGUGCAGGGCUCGGGUGCGGAAGGGCAUGGUGCGUUCCUGGUGCGGCAAAGCGAAACGCGGCGAGGAGACUACGUGCUCACCUUCAACUUCCAGGGGCAGGCCAAGCACCUGCGUCUCACCCUGACGGAGUGGGGGCAGUGUCGGGUGCAGCACCUCCACUUCUCCUCCGUCAUGGACAUGCUCAGCCACUAUCGACUCCACCCCAUCCCGCUGGAGUGCGCCUCCACCUGCAACGUCACCCUCUCCAGCUUCGUGGCAGUUAACUCCGCCUCGCCUGAUGAGGAUCAGACUGCAGUCAGCUCUGCCGCAGUCCUAGUGCCCUUCUCACUGCACCGCUGGAGCUCUGAGCCCAGCCUGGCCCAAUGCAGUCCGGCCCAGUUCCCCCGCCAUGGCCCUCACCCCCGUCCAGGGGCACCCUCCCACCCGGACCACCCUGCCGAGGCCCUGCGGAGGAGCGCUUCUGUGGGGCGGCGCCCACUGCAGCUGCACCCCAACCUCCUCCCUCCGCGUCCGGACUCCUCCAACUACGAGCUGGAGCCCUCCGAAAGAGGCCGCAAGAGAGCCAUCGACAACCAGUACAUGAUCCUCUGA